AUGACUUCUGUGAAGUACAUAAGAAAAGAACAGAAUUUUUCUAAGUCAAAGUCUAUAGGGGAGAGGGAUUGGUUGGGGUUGGAUGGUUUGCUUUUAGCCCUUGUUUGUGCUUGUUUCAUCAUGAUUGUUAAUGAUGCAGAUGAUGAAAAUGAGGAUAGAGAGAGAAACUGUGAUUUGGGUGAUGAAGAAAGUGUUGGAAGGAGGAGAAAAUUGAGGAAAAUCAUAGUUUCUGUUCCUUCAGCCUUCAUAAUCUUUUUGUUGGGUGUGGUUUUGGCCAUUAUAAGGGGGCCUAAAGUGGUCAAGGGGUUUAAAUUUGGGCCAUCUUCUAUUGAAAUUGUGAAAAUUUCAAAGCAUUCAUGGAAGGAAGGGUUCGUAAAGGGUACAGUCCCUCAACUGUUAUUAUUAGUCUUGAAUUCAGUUAUCGCUAUCAGGGGGCUAGCUGGGCAGUAUAAAUUUGGUGGGAGGACUGGUGGUUGUGUGGCACUUCUUGGUGCAGCUAAGUUGGUUUUUGGUAGCUCUUUGGUCAAGGUUUUGAAUCAAUUUCCUGUGGGAGUCUUGGGAGUUCUUCUUUUGUUUGCUGGGAUUGAAUUGGCCAUUUGUUCAAGGGACAUGAACUCUAAAGAAGAGUCCUUUGUGAUGCUUCUGUGCACUGCUGUUUCUCUAGUGGGCUCCAGUGCAGCACUUGGCUUUUUUUGUGGGAUUGUUGCCACCUGCUUCUUAGGUUAGGAAAUUGGGGUCAUGAUCAAUCUUGUUCCACAUUGUGGCUGCAUGAAACCCAUAGCAAUUGUUUUU